AUCGGGCUUCAAUCAACCGACGACGGGUUAAGAAAAAACCUUCAAAAUGAACCCUUAAUCCACUCCUCCACGAUUCCCGAUGACAAACGAUAAAAGCCCACAAACCUAAUCUUCUUCUUCUUCUUCUUGUUCAAUUCAGAUUGGAAAUCCAUUUCAUUUCAUUUCUUUUCUUUUCGAUCAAGAUUCUUUUGUUUUUGGAUUUUGUUUGAUUCGUUAUUUAGGGAUCUUUUCCGAUCGAGGGUCUUCAAUCGCUUGUUUGUUUGUAAGAAGUUAUCAGUUCCGUUUCGGAUUCUAUAUUAAUGGCCGCUUAUGCGGCCUGUAUCCGGGCCGGAACGAAACUAAGAUCCGUCCAGGCCAUUGAUUCAUCGGUUUUUAGAGGCGUCUUCUUCCCCACAAGCCACCUUUCAUCUUCAUGGUCGUUAUCUUCGUCUCAUUUUUAUCCGAGUAGUAGCAGAUUUGAUUGCCGACAGAUUUCUCAACUUGUUCAAUCCAACGGCAAGCGCCUAUUUCUUGUUGAUACCCUAGCGCUUGUUAGAAGAUUAGAAGGACAAGGUGUACCUUCGAAGCAAGCGGAAGCCAUUACAUCUGCAAUCACUGAGGUUUUGAAUGAUAGUUUGGAAAAUGUGGCUCAAUCUUUUGUUUCCAAGGGUGAAAUGCAAAGGAUUGAGAUGACUCAAGAUGGUAAUUUGGGGAAAUUCAAGUCCCAAGUACAAAGCUCUCAGGAAAAUCAUUUCUCAUCAUUGCAGCGUGAGACGGAGAAGUUGAGGAACGAUAUAGAGAAGAUGCGCAGUGAGUUGAGGUACGAAAUUGACAAAGUCACUGCGGGACAGCGUCUGGAUUUGAAUCUUGAAAGGGGGAGAAUUCGUGACGAGCUAGCAAACCAAAGCCAAGAAACUGCUAACCUCACAAACAAGCUUGAUCGGGAAAUUCAUUCGUUAAGAGCUCAAUUGGAAGCAGCGAAAUACGAUGUGAUCAAGUACUGCAUAGGUACCCUUGUCUCGAUUUCUGCUGUUGGACUGGCGGUGUUACGUAUACUCAUGUAAAACUGUAACGUUUAGCGUUAACACAUAGAGAAAAAAAUAUUCACGCGUUUUAUAUUGUUCGUGAUGAAUGAAGAUGAAAAUGUAGCAUAUUAUAAACUAAUUUUAACCUUAAUGAGUUUGUUCUUUCCCUUCA